AGGUGUAAGGAGCUCCGUGGGCCUGAGGCUGCGGAACGCGUCCUCAAGCCCCGCGUUAUUGCGAGAGUUGAAGUCUCUGAGCUUGGUGUUUACCAAGCAAAGGAGACAUCUUGCUUCUGUUGCUAGUGCACCGCAUGCACAGGAACGACUUCCAUUGUUUGACAAGAUACUUAUUGCUAAUAGAGGAGAGAUUGCAUGCAGAGUGAUUCGGACGGCGAGACGUCUUGGGAUUAAGACAGUUGCGGUUUAUAGUGAGGUGGAUAGUGAGGCUUUGCAUGUUAAGAUGGCGGAUGAGGCGUAUUGCAUCGGGCCGGCUCUGUCCUCUGAGAGUUAUCUUCGUGUAGAUAAAAUAUUAGACGUUGCACGAAGAAGCGGUGCUCAAGCUGUUCAUCCGGGUUAUGGGUUCUUGAGUGAGAACGCCGAUUUUGCGAGGCGAUUGGGUGAAGAGGGUAUUGUAUUUAUUGGACCAUCUCCUUCCUCUAUUGAGAGCAUGGGUUCGAAAAGUGAAUCGAAGGAUAUAAUGACCUCCGCUGGCGUUCCCUGCGUUCCCGGUUAUCACGGCACCGACCAAUCACCCUCACGCUUACAAUCCGAAGCAUCACAAAUUGGAUAUCCAGUACUCAUCAAAGCCGUCAUGGGCGGUGGCGGGAAGGGAAUGCGUAUCGUGCACUCCGCAGCUGACUUUCCCGACGCGCUCGAGUCUGCAAGGCGCGAGGCAAAGAAGAGUUUCGGUGAUGAGCGCGUGCUUGUCGAGAAGUAUAUUGUUAGACCGAGGCAUAUUGAGGUGCAGGUGUUUGGGGAUAGUUUUGGGAAUGUUGUGAGUCUUUGGGAGAGGGAUUGUUCGGUUCAGAGGAGGCAUCAGAAGAUUAUUGAAGAGGCACCCGCACCGGGUUUAUCAGAAGAGCUCCGGAUUGACCUUUGCGAGAAAGCCGUGGCUGCUGCUAAGGCGGUUGAUUACUUGGGAGCUGGGACAGUAGAAUUCAUUCUGGAUAACGAUACUGAACAGUUCUACUUCAUGGAAAUGAACACGCGAUUACAGGUCGAACACCCCGUCACAGAAAUGAUCACAAGCCAGGAUCUUGUCGAGUGGCAACUUGAGGUGGCAUCUGGCAACCCCCUCCCCAUGGAUCAAUCUCAAAUCCCUCGCAUCGGUCACGCAUUCGAAGCACGAAUAUACGCAGAGAACCCACGUAACAACUUCCUACCCGACGUUGGACCACUCCUUCACCUCUCAACACCUCCACCUUCCGCAUCUGUUCGCUUAGAAGAAGGUUUCUUACAAGGCUCGAAUAUAGAACUUUAUUACGAUCCGUUAAUUUCUAAAUUGGUUGUGCAUGGGAGAGAUAGGACGGAGGCGUUGCGUGUUUUGAGGAAGGCGCUUGAGGAGUAUCGGGUUGUUGGUGUUUCGACGAAUGUUGAGUUUUUGAGGACGUUGGCGGGGAAUGAGCAUUUUGUUGCUGGGGAGGUGGAGACUGGGUUCAUUCCUAAACACUUCGACGAGCUUUUCCCGCCAUUACCACAACCACCGCCAGAGGCUCUUGCACAAGCAGCUUUAUACGUUGUUCUGCAGGACUUACCGUCUCCUGCUCCUACAUCCUCCUCUUCGCCCUGGGUUUCUCUAGGACCACGUCGGUUCGGAGGUGACGUUAGCGAACGUAUCGUAACACUGCAAUUCGACGACGGAUCUGCUAGUGACAACCAAACGUCUACUGCGACUGUAAACGUCAAGUUUGUUGGUCAAGGAUUAUUCGACAUCGUUGUCAACACAGCAUCUUCACAAACAGAAUUCUUAUCCGUCCCUGCCCAACUAGCUUCUCCUACGUCUGUAUUAUCGACCUUGAGAGACCAGAAACUACGCACGACCAUCAUCUCCCAACCCCCUCCACCAAACACACCCGCUUCACUCCUCUCAGGCUCCUCACGCCUACACAUCUUCCACAACUCCCAUCGUUUCCUGCUCCGCCUCCCUGCUCCGCGUUGGCUCCAACUCAUCGGACACGAGACUCAAUCAAGACUUUCUGGAGGAGGGGGAAGUAUAAGAGCGCCAAUGCCGAGUCUCGUUGUGGAUGUACGUGUGAAGGUGGGUGAGAGAGUGGAGAAGGGACAGGUGUGUGUUGUGUUGGAGAGUAUGAAGACUGAGACUGCGUUGAGGGCUGCUGUGGGUGGUGUUGUGAGGGGUGUUGGGUGUAGGAAGGGGGAGAUGGUGGAGGAGGGGAGGGAGUUGGUUGAGAUUGAAGCGGAGGGUGAGAAGGAAGGUGAAGCAGUGUGAAGGGAGUUGACUUGGGAUUGAAUAUUACAUUUUCGACAUUUUGUGUAUGUGUAACUUACAAACAACACAUUGUACAAAGGAUAAAUAAAUAUAUCA